CAAAACCAAACAAAAAACACUGCAAAAAUGUGCAACACGAGUCAAUAAAAACAAAAGCCAACGACAAAGAAGCGAAGAGCUAAAAUCAAGUGCAAGAGCAGCACAGGAUAAUCGCUGUGCAGCCAAAAAGGACGCUGCGUAGAACUAUCUACAACAACAGCAACAAAAAUACCCAAACAGUAAGAAGAAGAAGAAAAAGAAGAAGAAGCAGAACAAGAACAAGAACUACCACAAAAUGGCCAUAAAUUUCUCGGCCUCCUUUGCGGCCUGCAUAGCGGCAGGCCUGAAGGUUCCCCGCCAGAUAAUGUACUGCAUCACGCAGGACACGGGCCAGCCGUACGUUCUCUACAAGGACUCGCAGGACGCGGAACGCAAUGCCGGCGCCAUUGGCGCCAGUGCAGCCCAAUGGGGCAGCGAAAUGUACCCAAACAUCCAGCAACAGGCCCAGCAACAUCUCAGCGCCCAGCAGCAGCAGCAGCAACAACAACAGCAGCAGCAACAGCAGCAGCAGCAGCAGAACGCAACAGCCGCUGCGCAGGCAGCAGCAGCUGCGGCGGCGGCGGGCCAGCCGCAGAGUCCGCCGGGCGGCCAGGAGCCGCGGGACAAUGGCAGCGGCGACGGACGCCAGCAGCAGGUGUCGCCAUCCUCCAGUCCGUAUCCGUCGGUGCAGCAGCAGCAGCGAGCGAAUGGCAACGCCGAGGAUGAUGCCAUGAAUCAGCUUGCCAACCAACAGAACUCCGCGCCAAAUCCAAACCAAAGCAGCAACGAGCCGCAGCACGCACCGGCGAACGCCGGCGAGGCUGGGCAGGGGAAUCCGCACGUGCAGCAGAAUGGCGGUGGACAGCCGCAAGGUGAUCCCAGCAAUGGCUUCCAGACACCCGACUACUAUGCGCCGCGCCAUGGAGCGCCGCAGGGCGGCAUGCUGGCGCCACCUGGUUUUCCGCCGCUGCACUAUCUCAACAAGCUGGAGCAGAACGGGGGCGAGGCGUACGCGCUGCCCGAGCUGCUGCCGGGACAGCAGCAACAGCAGCAGCAGCAGCAACAACAGCAGCAGAAUGGGGCACCACCGAACGGCGGCAACCAGAACGGUGGCCCGGCGAAUGGCAAUGCCAAUGAGGGCGCUGCGGCGGCCAAUGGCGUGGCAGCCGGCGCUGCGGGCGCCACGGGGACGCCGGGCGGACGCACGGGACCGGGACGCCCGCACAAGAACAAGCCGCACAGCGAUCUGCGGCUGUUCAAGUGCCUGACCUGCGGCAAGGACUUCAAGCAGAAGAGCACACUGCUGCAGCACGAUCGGAUACACACGGACGCCCGUCCAUUUCCGUGCUCCGAGUGCGGCAAGCGGUUCCGCCAGCAAUCCCAUCUGACGCAACACCUGCGCAUCCACGCGAACGAAAAGCCAUUCACCUGCCCGUACUGCUCGCGCAGCUUCCGGCAGCGCGCAAUACUCAACCAGCACAUACGCAUCCAUUCGGGUGAGAAGCCCUUCGCCUGCCCCGAGUGCGGCAAGCACUUUCGCCAGAAGGCCAUCCUCAAUCAGCAUGUGCGCACCCACCAAGAUGUCUCGCCUCAUCUCAUUUUCAAGAACGGACCGCAUCCGACGCUCUGGCCAUCGGACGUGCCCUUUCCGGGCGAGGAGGCGGACACGAAGGGCGACAUUGCCGUCGCCGGCGGUGGCUACCAUGACGAUGACUCCCAGGGUACACCUGAUGGCAGCGGAGGCAUGCACUAUCCCUCGUACUUUAAGGAUGGCAAGGCAGGUCAAAAGAUACUGCCCGAGGUGCUGCAACAUAUUGGCGUACGGCCGGCGAAUAUGCCGCUCUACGUGCGGUGUCCCAUCUGCGACAAGGAGUUCAAGCAGAAGACGACGCUGCUCCAGCACGGCUGCAUACACAUCGAAUCCAGGCCGUAUCCCUGUCCGGAGUGCGGCAAGCGCUUCCGUCAGCAAUCGCAUCUCACCCAGCAUCUGAGGAUCCACACGAACGAGAAGCCCUUCGGCUGCAUGUACUGUCCGCGCUUCUUCCGCCAGCGAACCAUUCUGAAUCAGCACUUGCGCAUUCACACCGGGGAGAAGCCGUACAAGUGCGCGCAGUGUGGCAAGGACUUUAGACAGAAGGCGAUUCUGGACCAGCAUACGCGCACCCACCAGGUAGGAGAUCGUCCGUUCUGCUGCCCGAUGCCCAACUGCCGGCGACGCUUCGCCACCGAGAACGAGGUGACAAAGCACAUUGACAACCACAUGAAUCCCAACAGCACCAAGGUGCGGCGCCAGCAGCAACAGCAGCAGCAGCAACAGGUGCAGCAGCAACAACAGCAACAGCAGCAGCAGCAACAGGUGCAGCAGCAACAGCAGCAACAACAGCAGCAGCAGAACAAUGCGGCCGCCUCGGUCGCUGUGGUCGCCAAUCACCUGAUGAACGAUGCCAAGAGCCUGGUGGCGCAGCAGUUCCUCAACAACAACAAUCCCGCCACGGUGGACAACAAGGCCAACAUAUUGCCCGUGCGCAGCAUGGCGGCCAAUGCGGCGGCCGCUGCAGCGGUUGCUCAGCAAUCGGUGGUCAAGAAUGAGCUAUACUUUCCGCAGUGCUACGGCCCGCCCUUCCAGCAUCCCUUCCAUGCCCAGCAGCAGCAGCAGCAGCCGAGCGCAGCCCAUGCAAAUGGCCCCACGCCGCCUGUGACCGUCACCGUGGCGAAUGCGGUGGCGCCGGGCGUUGUGGUGCAACAGAAUGCGGCCACCUCCGUGGUGGCCCAGUGACAUCCCACCACUGGAGCAGCUGGAGCGCAACAACAACAGCAGCAGCAACAGCAGCAGCAGCAACAACAGC